UACAUAGAAACUUCCCCGGAAUUUCCCCAAGCUGCUGCACGUUCAGUCCCCCACGUUCCUACGUCCAGGAAGCACCACAAGUAGUCAACAACCAACAACCUCCUCCUGCAGCCACAUUGGAGUAAUACUUAACGAGCACUAUGAACCAAUUGCAUCCCACGUUCACACGCCAAGGCCACGAUCCAUGUCGGCCAUCCCCACGCCACCGACGGUUGCUUCUCCCCAUCACUCUCUCUCACACGGUUUUAUUUUUCUUCUCAGCGAACAUUUACACCCCUCUAAUUUCUCUGAGUUUUGCCACCCAAGCCAUACCCUAGCCCAAUGCAUCUCUCUUCCACCUCUAUCUCCCACCCCUCUCAUGUGCCUCCUGCCAACCAAAUCCGCCUUCCAACUCCUCUUUCCACAGCCACGCAAUGUUGCUUGACAGAUACACACAUGAAGUAAACCCGUGACCCUGCAACCAGUAGCCGUGUAAGACAUGACAACUGUAAGCCCCCUUCCCAUUACCAACCACCAUUUCCAGCACUUGCUCCUGCACAACGGAAGCUACCCCAGUGCCACCCAACACUAAAAUGCCAGCCUCCACCCACGGCCAACCAGUCUCCACAUUGUCACCAAGUGUUCUGCUCAACAAUGCCGAAAAUAGAGUGAGCUUUGUACUGUAAAAGAGAUCCCACCAAUCAAGCCAAUGUCGUAGCUGAUGAGCGUAAUGCGAUUUGCAUGAUUCUAGUGCAGGAGCGUAUCACGAUCUGCACGAUUUCAGCACCUUCACGUCCGCACGUCCACCUUCAUUUCUUUCCUUACGUCGUCCGAUUCUAAAAUUUUUUUUCCCCUGCUUCCACAACAAUGGUGUCUUCCAUCUCUUCCUCUGAUAAAGACCCUGUCCUUAUCACCAUCAACACAAACCAAUUGCAGCGACUUACACCAUCAAAAUUCCUGCGUAGAGUGCCACCUUGCAGUCCCUUCUUCAUGGAUAUGACCUUACGGAUUUUCUCGACGGCUCAGCGAAGUGCCCACCAGCACCAUGUCCAGAUGGUGACUCUGAUCUCUCUGCCCGUGCUACUGCUGAACACUGGUUCCGCCAGGACCAGCUGCUACUCAACUCCAUUUCAGCGUCUGUUUCCGACAAUAUCUCUCCUCUCAUUACCACGGUGCAGACCUCUGCUGAAGCUUGGUCUCAUCUCUCACGGCUUUAUGCAAAUCGUUCUCGUACAAGGGUGAUGCAACUCAAGGAAUCCCUGACCCUUCUACAACGUGGUGACCAAUCAAUCGCUGAUUAUCUCCAAGCUACUCGUACCACCAUUGAUGAACUUGCCAUGAUUGAUGCGCCUGUCUCUGAUGAUGAUGUUACUCUCUAUGUACUCAAUGGCCUCGGGUCUGACUAUAGGGACAUCGUCGCUCCUAUCCGCACCAGAGCAACCUCCCUUUCAUUUGAAGAACUCCAUGAUGUCCUUAGUUCUCAUGAGGCAUACUUGAAGCGCUUGGAGACCUCUCAAGCUCAACUCGUUGCUACUGCCAAUGCUACCCAGAGACAUGAUGGUCCUUCUCCCACUCGGUCCUACAAGAACAACUACCAAAAUGUCAGUAUCAUAAUAAUCAACCUCGUAGAAAACCAAAAUAUCAGUUUUGUGAAGAACUUGGACACACAGCCCGCUCGUGUCCGAAUUUGUAGUCUAUGUCUGCCAACUGUGCCAAUAAAUCAACAGGCAAGAGUGCGAAAUCGCUUCUUGACUCUGAUGCAUCCCACAACAUCACCUCAGACCUCUCUAACUUAUCUAUCCACUCUGAAUAUGAUGGUACUGAUGUUGUGGUCAUUGGAGAUGGUUCAGGUUUAUCUGUCACUCAUAUUGGUUCUAUUGCUUUACAGUCUGCUGGUCGAAUUUUUCAAUUACGUGAUACUCUUUGUGUACCAGCUAUUCACAAGAAUCUUAUUUCUGUGCAUCAUCUUACUAAGACCAAUAAUGUGCACAUUGAAUUUCACCCUGAUUAUUUUCUUGUGAAGGAUUGGAUCACAGGGGUGACUUUGCUGCAAGGAAGCUGUGAGAAUGGCAUGUACCCGCUUUCUACUCUUGCUACUCCACACCAAAUUACUGCCUAUACUGGCGAAUGCACCACCGAUGCUUUGUGGCAUCACCGUUUGGGCCACCCCUCAAAAUGAAUUGUUUCUCAAGUUGUUAAAUUCAAUAAUU